CCAGUCCGCACGGGGGCGCCAUCGGAAAAUCCCUGGCUUUGUACGGCAGGUCCGCGCUUUGGUCGCCUCUUGUCAAGUGCCUUUUCCCGGAAGUGAAGCUGUGCGCUUUUGGCUCGGGACGCCGCAGCUGUGGACGGGGAGCCGCAAUGGACCGUCUAUCGUCGUUUGGAAAUGACCCGUUUGAUAAACCCCCGUGCCGGGGCUGCUCGACUUACCUGGUAGAGCCGUACAUCAAGUGCGCCGAAUGCGGGCCAUCAGCGUUCUUCUUGUGCCUUCAGUGUUUCACGCGGGGCUUUGAGUAUAGGAAGCACCAGAGCGACCACAAAUAUGAAAUUAUGACAUCAGACUUCCCUGUGCUGGAGCCUGGCUGGACAGCCCAGGAGGAAAUGGCUCUGUUGGAGGCUGUGAUGGACUGCGGCUUUGGGAACUGGCAGGACGUGGCGUACCAGAUGCGCUCGAGGACCAAGGAAGAAUGUGAGACUCACUAUAUGAAGAACUUCAUCAACAAUCCGCUGUUCUCCUCCACCCUGCUGAGCCUGCGGCAGAUGGAGGCCAAUCGCACCGCGGACACUGCCAUCCCAUUCCGCCCCACUGACGACCCCCCCAGACCAACAUUUGACUCCCUGCUGUCCCGGGACAUGGCUGGCUACAUGCCAGCACGGGCAGACUUCAUGGAGGAGUUUGACAACUACGCUGAAUGGGACUUGAAGGACGUCGAUUUUGUCGAUGACGACUCUGACAUUCUGCAAUCUUUGAAGAUCGCCGUUGUUGACAUUUACCAUUCCCGAUUAAAGGAACGGCAACGCAGAAAGAAGAUCAUCCGGGAUCACGGCCUGAUCAACCUGAGGAAGUUCCAGAUCCUGGAGCGCCGGUACCCCAGGGAGGUGCAGGACCUGCAUGAGGCCAUGAGGCGUUUUGCCAGAGUGGUGGGGCCCACGGAACAUGACAAGCUCAUCGAGAGCCACGCCCUGGAGUUUGAGCUGCGGCGGGAGAUCAAGAAGCUGCAGGAAUACCGGAAGGCCGGCAUCCAGUCCUUCUGCAGUGCUAAGGUGUACGAGCGUGUGAAGCGGGUGCGGGAGGACGAGCGCCGGAAGCGGACUAUGCUGACGGACGUGCUGCAGUACAUCCAGGACAGCCGCGCCUGCCAACAGUGGCUACAUAAGCAGGCGGCCAUAGAUGCCGGGAUCAGCCCAGUGGUCACCACCAUCACCACCUCAGCGUCGGGCCGCAGGAGCGCCCCCCCACUCAACCUGACCGGGCUGCCUGGCACUGACAAGCUCAACGACAGAGAGAAGGAGUUGUGCCAGGUGGUACGGCUGGUCCCGGGCGCCUACCUGGAGUACAAGCAGGCCCUGCUGAACGAGUGCCGACGGCAAGGCGGCCUACGGCUGGCCCAGGCACGAGCCCUCAUCAAGAUCGACGUCAACAAGACGCGCAAGAUCUACGACUUCCUCAUCAAGGAGGGCUGCAUCAACAAGACCUAGGCACUACAGCACACACACCUGCAGGGGGCGCUCUGUGCUCUCUGGAGGAAAGAACUCGCAUCAGGAGGAAACCCUCAGCCAACGAUAUCCAGGUCUGGAAUAGUCCACCUUUUUGGGGGGUGGGGCGGGCCAUCACCUUGUUUAUUGCCCCCCCCCCCCACACACACACACACACACACACACACACACAAUGAGGCAUAGACUGCUCCAGCCUCACCCUGCGUCUGAUCACUGCGACUCCAUCGAUGAAGGGACAGUCUCAUUCAAGAUCAGCGGAUAUAAAGUGUGAGCAGAUGUCAGCUUCUGCGGCUCUGACCGGCUGCCUGUCUGUCUGUGCAGGUUAAUAACACUGUGUGAGGAAACUGCUCCAUUUAGAGGGAGUGCUGUGCUGGGGUAGGACUGAAGAUGUCAGUGUUUCUGUCACUGUGGUCCCUGUCCCGUCUCCCUGUCCCGUCUCCCUGUCCCGUCUCCCUGUCCCGUCUCCCUGUCCCGUCUCCCUGUCCCGUCUCCCUGUCCCAUUUAUAAUCAUAGAUUGGAUGUUAUGCAAGUGCCGUUUUCAUCACAAAUGCCCCUCCACCCUGAAAUUCGAGCCGAUUAUCAUCAUUAUUACAUGUCUGUGUUUUCCCCAUGUGUUCUGAAUAACCUCCCUAAAUGCAUAGUAAUCCCGGGAGAGGUGGGGGGGGGGGGGCAUGAUGUAUCCAAUGAGGAAUUUGUCUGUCACAUGACAGCUGGCCACAUCCACCAUACAGGGUUACUCCUUGGGUAAACCGACAUUCCCGGGCAUGACUUCACCAAAAUGGCAUUAGUUGUGUUGAUGCUACUUCAUGUUUGAGGUAUGAUGUUUUAGUAAACUGUCAGAUUAUAUAUUUAGUUUUGAUCUGUUCAUUCCUCUGUCACCAACCCCCCCAUGCCCGACAGAGGUGCGUAACGGGGGUCACUGCUUUGUAAAUUAAACCUGCUCUCUCAGGCAGCCUGUGCACUCGGCUGCUGCACAGUGUGGGACGUCUGAAAACUCUCCUGUCGGCUCUGCGACCCAAAUAUUGUUCCUCAGAUGUACGUUUCUGUUUUUAUAAACUGCAGCACUGCAGAGUGCACACCCCGGUAACGCAGGAUGAUCUAUUUAUGGAUCUCUGUACCCUGGCUGCCCUUGGAAAGACCUGACAUCAGAGUCCAACAUUUUCGAGGUCUCAGAGGUGUUUAAUCAGGCAUUUUAGGGGGCGACUCCUGCUUUUAUCACUAUUUACUUUUCCUGGCAUUUUGUGCUUCUGUGUUUGCUGAACUUGAGCAUGCUGACGUCUGUUUACACUCAGGUGACUUUGUGUUGUUUGGAAGUCAGUCAUGGAGAAUCCCUUCACCUGUCACCUGCCCCAGGCUGCUCCAUCCUCUCAUUUGUGUCCACUUUUAAAUUACCAUGAGGCACUGUGUCAGCAUCCAGAAGGUCAUGGGUUCAAAUCCUGUGACCAGCAGAGUAAUCAUGCCCCUCUUAGAUGCUUGAGCAAGGCCCUUACCCUCAGCUGCUCCAGGGACUCUGGCUCAGCCCACACUGACCCCCAGCUUUCCUCACUUGUACAUUGCUCUGUACAAAAGCGCCUACUUAAUAAAUGUAAUUGUAAUUAACAAAUGUAAUUGUUUGCAAGUGUGACCCUGUGCUCUAUGUGGUUGGUGUAUGUGUGGAGAAAUAUGCUUCUCAUCAUGAGUAAAGUAAGGUAAACAAAGCAAGUAAAUAACCGGGAUGUUAAA